AUGGCUAGCUCUUGGCAAUUGUUCUUUCUUCAAACAGCUGCUGAGCUGGUGAGCUGCACGAGUUGGCUCUUGGGUCUGGUGCUUGCCACUUGGAAGUGGCUGAGAACUACUUUGGGAGAGCGAAGCCGUUGGUGGAGAUAUCACAGUUUCCCGCCCCAAAACUUGGCUGCUGGACUUCAUGCUGGCCAGCUGACUGUGUCAAGCGAAGAAUGUGCCCGAAGCAACACAACCAGCAUGAUUCAGCUCUAUGCUACAACAUUUCUGCAGAAAGAGCUGGAGAACUGCCCCGAGUGUCCAAUCCAAAUGACUCCUAUGUUGGAACCAGUUCGAAUUAUCCACGAGGAUGAAGAUGUUCGUGUUGGACAACCUGCCCACAUCAUGGACUUGGAGGCGGCAAAUCGGUGGCUUUUUGAAUCACCUGAUUCUGAGGCGCGUUGUCCUUUUUGUCGAGGAGCUGUAUUGCAGAUUCAGGCAGAGCGAUCGGAAGACCUCAAUGCCACUCUGAUUGCGAUAGCUGAGAAGAUCUACACUAACUCUGAGGGUGUCAUCCAUAAGGCGGUUCGUUUGAGGGAUGCGCGGCUCCUGGGCACGCUCUCUCGGCUGCUGCCAGCAAGCCGGUGGCGAGAGCUUUUGCUCCAGAAGAACGCUGAAGGCAAGCUUCCCUUUGAACUCUUGCCUGAGAUGAUGCAGUCAGAGGAAGAAAUCUCAUCUUUUCUGCAGGGGCUCAGUUUGCUGGUGGCUUCGGACUUCGAAGACUUUGAGAAUGUGAUUGUACACUCGGGCCUUUCAGCGCGCUUUGCUGACGGCUGUCAAGUGUGGUCGCGACAAGACCCAUCCGAUCCCAGGCCUCUCCGGCCAGGAGAGGUGGCGCUGAAAUCUGGAAGUAGUUUCUGUGUUCAUUCUGCGAUCAACUCAUCUUCCUCCGUGACACCGGACUGCAGACCUGUCUUUGCAGAGCUCCCCUGA